AUGGCCACCUUCACAGGGCAGACAGAAGGAAAAGGCUCUUACGGAUGGUCUUUUGGCUUGGGCUGGGCCUCCUUUCCUCUCUUCCUUAUGACUGGUGAGUAUUUGUCGAAUGGGAAAUGCUGAAAAUGUAUGUCUUCCUUUCAAGGUUUACCUUCGCUCAGAGUUCCCAGCUGCAUUCUUUCAUUACAGAACAGUCUGGGGCUGAUUUACACGUUUAGCAUCACCAUGUAGUCGUGCCCCUGGCAGCGUGCCACAUUGGCUGUGGGUAGAGGUUCACAUAUUGGACAGUUUCCGGGUGUGACAUGCCAUACACUUGAUUCCACUCUCAGCAAAAGAGGAAGAGGGCGGAAUGUGAACCAAUCCCCUGGGUGUGCUGCUUUUCUGAAAGCAUGGAUUACUUCUGUAUGUUUUGCAUUGAAAACCAUUCAGAAAUGUCAUUCUCCCUUCUUACCUACCCUCUGAAGGAAUCAGGUUCCCCCAGAUUCAGCUUGAAGGGCAGGACAAACCAUCUGAAUCAAGUUUGACCUGAGUAUGUAGACAGGACUUCCAGACUACAGAAGUGCAUUUGUACAAAACUUCAGCAAUUUGGAAUUCAUUGGCCUUAUUCCUUACAAACUCCUCCAGAGACAUUAGCUGUAUAUUCAUUAUUCCAGAAUGAAUAGAUACUGAGUACUUUCCCCACCCUCUAUGAAGUACACAGACAAUCUAGAUCUAUUUUUUUGAGCCGGUAAACCCUUCCUUGAUAAACUGUUUUCAUUCCAAAAAUAGCAGCUCAUUGCAUAUUGAUUUUGCCUUACCCCACAGUGCAUCCCUUUGAAAACUUAUAAAAACAGAUGUAGGUGGGGUGGGGAGGAGCAUCUACUUCUGCCCAAUGAUUUAUAAGUGAACCAAGGAGAAUAUCUGCAUAAGGCAGCUUCUUAUGAUCAAAGUCAACACUGUCUGAGAAUUUCCAGGAUCAUGUGUGUUCAGGGUGGACGUCUUUACUAAUGGCUUUGCCAUCCUUUCCUUCCGUAGUGUGGGAGAGCAGAAAUGGAAUUGGGAUCCUCAAGUGGACUUCUGGCUGAUAUGUCACAUGAAAUCGUAGAAUCUUAGAGUUGGAAAAGACCCCAAGGGUCAUCUAGUCCAGCCCCCUGCUAUGCAGGAAACUCAGCUAGAGCAUCCAUGACAGAUGGCCACCCAACCUCUGUUUAAAAACCUCCAAGGAAGGAAAGUCUACCACCUCUUGUGGGAGUCUGUUCCACUGCCAAACAGCUCUUACUGUUAAAUGUUUUUCUGAAUGUUUAGUUGGAAUCUCCUUACUUGAAGCCACUGGUUUGAGUCAUACUCUCCAGUGCACGAGAAAUCAAGCAUGUUCCAACCUCCAUGUGACAGCCCUUAAGAUAUUUAAGGAUGGCUAUCGUUUCUCCUCUUAGUCUUUCCUUUAACAGGCUAAAUAUACUCAGCUCCUUCAAGCGCUCCUUAUAAGGCUUAGUUUCCAGACCCCUGAUCAUCUUGGUUGCCCUCCUCUGCACAUGUUCCAGCUUGUCAACAUCCUUCUUAAAUUGUGGUGCCCAGAACUGGACACAUUGUUCCAAGUGUGCUCUGACCAAGGCACAAUAGAGUGGUACUAUUACUUCCCUUGAUCAGGACACUGUACUUCUGUUGAUGCAGCCUAGAAUAGCGUAAGCUUUUUUUUGCUGCUGCAUCACACUGUCGACUCCUUUAAGCUUGUCAUCUACUAAGACCCCUAGACCCCUUUCACAUGUACUGCUAGUAAGCCAGGUGUCCCCCAUCCUAUAUUUGUGCGUCUGGUUCUUCCUGCCUAAGCGCAGAACCUUACACUUGUCCUUAUUGAAAUUUAUUUUGUUAGCUUGUGCCCAGUUCUCCAAUCUGUUAAGGUCAUUUUGAAUUCUGAUUAUGUCCUCUGCAGCAUUAGCUACCCCUCCCAGUUUGGUGUCAAUGGCUCGGGGAGGGACGUCUUGGCUUCAGCAUAUGCAUUUUAUGAUCAAAUUCAUAUAGAAAUGUAUACAUUGAACUAAUACAUCUUGCGAAUACAUUUUUAAUACAUUUUUGCAUAACUUAAAUAAACAAUUUACAUACUAAUGUGAGAAUGGGGUGUAACAGGCUAGAACUUGGCUGAUCCACCUAUCCCUAGACACCUCCAUUUCUACCUAGGACUUGUCCCUUGCAAAAGUCUCAAAAUGUGCAAAGAAUGUAAUUCUGUGGAAGAAAAUACCGUAUUGGCCUGAAUAUAAGCCACACCAACAAAUAAGCUGCACCUUUAAAAUUCAAAGGGGGGUGGGUAGAGAAAAAAAGACAAUACCCGAAUAUAAGCCGCUCCUUUAAAAUUCCGCAGGCACUCACACCCGUAAAUGGCAAAUGUAGAAGAAAAUCCUACGGAUACUAGAGAGGACCCGCAAGUGGGUUAAACACCGUAGCAGCGUAAAUGCAAAUUUUAAAAAAUCAAUACUGCACUGUAAGAUAUGGGGAAAGCGAUAAAUGACCUUAGAAUUAAUUGCACAACAGUCUCAAAUUGGCAAUACAACGUUUUUUUUGUUCCGUUUUACCAUAUGACUGUUUCAGCAGCGAUUUUGUGAAAGCCAGUUUUUGUAAGGUCCCGAAUUGAAGCCUCACUUUAACUUUUCGCGGUUGGAAUUUGGAAAAAAAGUGCAGCUUAUAUUUGGGCCAAUACGGUAUGUGUCCGUCCAUUAGAAUGGCAGGGGUUUGAGGAUCAGCGCAUGUUCCCAUCUUUGAGAAAGAGAAGUAAUCUUGGGGUCAAUGAUCAGGAUAUCUUGGGUGAUGUUUUAUUCUCCUCUGCCAAUUGCCCGAUUCAGCUCCUUCUCUCUCCUGACAGGUGCGCUGGCUUUCCUCUUGGAUGGGUCAGCAUGAACAUGAGGGAAAGACUUUGCUACCAUUUCAGAUGACACCUGGAGCUAUGUUGAUCACGUGGGAUGCAAACACAGCCUGCACCAAGACAAGCUGGACCUGGAGGAAAUAACUAUACUUUCAUGACGAAACUGAUGCAUUAUAUGAUAGCAAUAGGAUUAAGAAACAGCAACGUAGUCCCUUCACCACAAAUUGGAAUCUAUUAACUCAGUACUGUGGAACAGAGCUACCAACAGAAGACACAACUCCCAGCAUCCCAUACCACUGGCCUUUCUGACUUAGGAGAGCAAAAGACAGGCUAACUUUGGUUUAGAAGGAAAUCAUUCCUUCCCCAAAAAGAGAUUAAAGAGUAUAUACAGGAUAUUGUUUGCUUAGUAUAUGGAACUAUUAUUAAUGAAGAAUAGUGAUGAACAGUAGUCAGUGGCUGGGUUAAAGAUAAGGAAUGAGUAGACCAGACAUCUUCUAUGCAUUCAGCAGAAAGGAAUAGCCUAUGGCUAUGCAGUAAAUCAUAUGCUUUGCGGUAUUGCCUUCACAUUUUGUAUGAGCACAUGGCCUUUGUGAUUCACCUGUUUUUCUCCUAUAUCUUGUGGUUUUAAUGAUGAAUAAUAUAUUUAAAAUGAACCCCAAGAUUCCCAUGCCUAAAAGGCAGCCUGCAUAUGACAACAGAAACACGGCUUUUGAUUCAGAAUCAGGUCAGGUUCUGCAGCCAGAAGACAGCCCUGCAAAGUCAUUAGAAGCAAUAGAACCUCCCUCUUCUCCAUCUCUUGAUAGGCCUUCCUCUGUCUGUCUCUCAAACAUGCAAGUUCUUUGAGAAAAAUGGUUCUUCUUGCCAAGCUCCUUCGGGGCAUUUUAAUUAGACCUGAAUGUGACUUUUUCUUUAACAGAAUGUUCCCCUAGACAACCUACUUAUUGAGCAUUCAUCCAGAUGGGCUUGCAAAAAAUGGGUUAGACUGUGUCUGGUCUUUAUUGAGCAUCCAUUCUGAUUUGCUUGUGGGGCAGUUAUGCAACAAUCAGCAUUCAUCCUGCCUUCAUCACUGUUGGAUGUUUAUAUGUCUUCCCGUUAAUCACUUCUCCACACACAAAACACACCACUUGUCAAUGCAUCCCUCCCCCCCGUCAACCUAAGGGUUGUAGUCAACUAAUUUCUAAUCAGAGUAGACCCAUGACCUAGGUUAGUCAUAGCCAUUAAUUUCAGUGGAUCUACACUAAAGGAGUAGCAUCUACUAGAACUCUCUGUUUCUGUCAAGUGGUUCCAUAUCUUUAAUAUUACAAUAUUUAUUCAAAUAGUCUUUAAAUUUCUUCCAGUCUUCUUGAUGUUCCUCUUCUUUCUGCUCGUGGAUUCUCCUGGUGAAAGAAACAAUUAGGCCUAGGAUUAAAAUGGAAUUAAAUUUAUAAAUAAGAAAAUGUACGAUAAGGAAAGCUAUGUAACAUGAAUAGGACUGUGAUAUGGUCUUUUGAAACACUGAUAUUGGUAACGGCUACAUAUAAUUACUAAGAAAUUCGGAUGGAAGAGAUUCGAGGAAGUCAAAUACUAUGUUUAUGAAGAUGGAUGGUACUUAAUUUUAAUUAAUUAAGUGGUAAUAUGUUGUAUGUAUCUUUUUUUUCUCUUUUUUUGUUUGUUUUUAUUAUUGUUAAUCUUUCAUUUCUUUACUAUGUUUAUCUACUGAAAAUAAUAAAUAUUAUUUGAAAAAAAAAUGAACUCUCUGUUUCUGUUUUUAAAGUGAAUUUGUAGUGUCAGGGCUACCAAGCACUUUCUUCCACUUCAUUUGCGCAAACUUAAAUUUACAGCCUGUACUUGACUCCUUCCCACGAAACAGGGACAAUCUGGAGGCAUCCCAACUGAGCACUGUUAAAUUUACCUCCAGUGAAACUAUUCGGAAAAAGAAAUAUGCGACCCUGAACCAUGUUGACAUUACCAAUCUUACAAAAAGAGAUUCUAAAAUAAAAUAAAAUGCUUUAUUUUUCUCUCAGUGACUGCUGUGUGCAAAAUCUCCCCCUCCCCGCAAUAAAAUGAACAUCCAUUUAUGGACUCCUCAAAACUCAGUGAAAAGGCGAUAAAAUGGCAAGUGCCAUUCAAUAUAUACUUACGUAAAGCGAUGCAUGUCGGGAGAAGGAAACCUUAAUUUCACACAUAUGCUCAUGAGGUUCACUGAAGUGGCAGGGAUGCACCAGGAAUGAGACCUUGGGUUGGUACUGGAUAGCUUAACAAAGAUGUCAGCCUAGUACGCAGCAGCUGUGAAAAAUGCAAAUUCUAUGCUGGGGACCAUUAUGAAAAGAACUGAAAAUAAAACUGCAGUAAAACUGCAGGUAUUAUAGUGCCGUUAUACAAAUCUAUGAUGCAGGCUGAUGGUGUUUAAAGAGGCAGAUCAGGCAUUCAGUGUAGAAAAUCAGAGCAAUGUGGACCUAUGGUCUGAUUUGGUUUAAGGCAACUUCCUAUAUCCUAUGACAGGAGCUGAACAUCAUCAAGAGAAACAAUUCCUGAAUGAGAAGCAGGUUCUUUUACAGGCAGGGCCAGAUUUAGGUUUGAUGAGGCCCUAAGCUACUGAAGGUAAUGGGACCCUUUUUAUGUCCAGCUGUCCUUCGUCAACAACACAGUGUCACUGUUUUUUGUGUUGAAUAUAUGCUCUAUGGUAAUUUAUGGACCUAAUAGGUAUCUAAAGCCAUUUGCACAUAACAGUCCAUGCAGAAUGUAGGCACCCUGUAUAUAGAAAUGAGAAAACCAGUGAUAUUUUAGGGAGCAGGCUAGCAGGCGGCGCCCAUUACUUACAUCAUAGGAGCCUACACAACACAAAACAUUGUUGCUGUAUAUAGGUUUUAUUUUAUUUUUUAUCUUAUAUUUUGGAAAUGUACAUCCAUAUUUUUUCCUUUUAAAUUUUCUGGGAGGGCCUCCAAGAGAGUGGAGCCCUAAGCUAUAGCUUGUUCAGCUUAUACGUAAAUCUGGCACUGUUUACAGGGUUAAAAAAUAUAUCUUCCUCUCAUAUUAUCCUGCCUUUCUGUUUCGAUUCCAUAUGCCAGCAGAGGGGGACACGAUUAGGUUAGGUUGCAAUUCCUAGGCAAACCAAAGUUGGGUGUAGGAUAGUUGCAGCUCAAGACAAUACAGAUGUCCAAUGAGAGAAGGAGGGAAGAGAGCAGUUGGGUGCAAGUCCCCACACUCAGGAAUGUGUGUCCUCCACCCCCCACCCAGCCAAAAUGUCCAUCAAUCUGAAAGAUCUCAAAAUACUUGUGAAUGAAAUGGGAGCAAAGGCACAGGACCCCUAUAAAAGUACCUCUCAUUCCCUGUUUUGCUUCAUUAGAGUGCAAAUUUGUAAAACGGAGUGUCUCCAUAACUCAUGGGAAGCAGAGCUUCUAAAAGUGGCACAUUCAUUGUAGUGGGCCCAAGGAAGUGAAGCUCUCCCCCCAGCAAAGAUUAUAUAUGCAGGCACUUCCUUGAACUUCAGGUGCAUGACUAAGACUUUAUUGUUUUGUUAGGCAUUUUAAGAUAGUGGCUGGUUUUAUGAUACAUCUUUUAUUGUUUGAUAUACCUGUAUCCCGUAAGUUGUGUUUUUUUAAAUGCCCACUGGUUGAAAAGGUAGAUGAUUAAGCGGUGUAGAAAUGUCUUAAAUAAGAAAUAAAAUUGUGAUGUAAAUCAGUUUCGUACAGGUUCAUACGGCAAAAAACAUGGUAUAACAUUUAUCCCAGGAGAUCCCUCUGUAAUGUUCUGAGUGUUGAGAGUGGGCUGUAGUUACGUCCUUUCUGGUAUGAAUAUGAAAUAAAUUUUAAUUUAAUUUAAUUUAAUUUAAUUUAAUUUAAUUUAAUUAUUUUUUCUACCCCGCCCAUCUGGCUGGGUUUCUUUUCCAGUGUUCAUGGAAUGAGUCACUAGUAUAUAUAUUUUUUUCAUUCUUUCUGCCUUCUUUUGUCAGUUUUUUUCCAUUACAGCUAUGGCUCAAGCCUCGAUGACUCACUCAUUAGUCAUGUUCAAGUGUGCUGUUUUCCAUUUCUUAAAAGCAUACAAUUAGCAGAGCCUAAUUAUUCUGACAAACAGUAACAACAAUAUUUAGCAAUGGGUGGUGGCAGAGGUUGGGGUGGCUUACUUGUUCCUCAGCAAUGGGGAAUAAUCUCAUGAUUGGAAAACCCUUAUGGACUUUUUGCAUGAAAAGGAAAAUGAACUUGUGAUAUCUGGGUUUGACGACUAAAAAGUACGGAAAGUAGAAGAGUUGAGCGUUGUUGUGGAGCAAGGGUUUUGCAUAAGCCUGUAAAGCUGAUAGACUGAGCACCAAAAGUCUUCCCACCCCCUUUCUUUUCUUGUUUCUUCUAUCUUAUCUUUCUUUUCAUUGUUAUGUUUAAAAAAGAUGCUUCAUAUUUGAUGGAAACUGUUUUAUAUUACUUUUUCCAUGCCCCCCUGCAAGCUUUAAUGAAAACCUUUCAAAAAAAGAAAAGGUAUUAAUCUUGACUCAGCUGAACAGUCGGUAGAGCAUGAGAAUCUUAAUCUCAAGGUCUUGGGUUCGAGUCCCAUUUGGGCCAAAGAUUACAGGGGGCUGGACUAGAUGACCCUUGCGGCUAGAUGACUCUACAAUUCUAUGAUUUUAUAAUAAAGAAGCUACAAUGAGGAAAGCAUCUGAGCAGGUUUGGGAACCUCAAGCUGAUGGGCCAGACAUCUGGUCCACUGCCUCCACUCCUUACCCUGCUCCUAGCAGUUAGAUCUAUUUAUAAUAGUGUCAUCCUCCCAGGAAGAGAUCAUAAUUAAUGCCCUGGCUUCCUCCUGUGGUUUGAUCUGCAGAAACCAGCAAGUGUAGAUUUCACUCUGGACAUGUCUGCAGAUGCAGAUGCCACUCACAAUGAGAUUCAUCUGCUAUAACAGCAGAGCCAAGAUUUGGGUGGAUGCAAGCGAUUUUAUUCUCAAAAUGCUUCACAAACAAGUCACAAAGAGCUACCAUUGGUUCUAUCACCUCCUUUGGGCCAGGAUGUAAAAGGCCCCAUACACCCCAGAAAAGCUCUGCUGGAUGACAUAAUGAGGAUGCAAUGGAGGCAGCAAAGUAUGCCUUCUUUGCUGCCUUCACUGCCUCUAAGGUAAAGGUAAAGGGACCCCUGACCAUUAGGUCCAGUUGUGACUGACUCUGGGGUUGCGGUGCUCAUCUGGCUUUAUUGGCCGAGGGAGCCGGCAUACAGCUUCCGGGUCAUGUGGCCAGCAUGACUAAGCCGCUUCUGGCGAACCAGAGCAGUGCACGGAAAUGGCGAUUACCUUCCCGCCAGAGUGGUACCUAUUUAUCUACUUGCACUUUGAUGUGCUUUCAAACUGCUAGGUUGGCAGAAGCAGGGACCGAGUAACGGGAGCUCACCCCGUUGCGGGGAUUCGAACCGCCAACCUUUUGAUCGGCAAGUCCUAGGCUCUGUGGUUUAACCCACAGUGCCACCCACGUCCCAGUGUUUGGUUGCAUUCAUAUGGAUCUUUCCUCCACUUGCGUUCAAGCUGUUUCCCAGCUUGUUUCCUCGUCCUAACCUCUGGAGUAUACCAGGGGGCCAAACGGGCUUCACAAAGUGGGAGAGGGCUCUCAGAGCGAUUGUGUCAAUAGCCCUAACCAUUCAGGUGUUCCAGAGGUCACCCAGAGCUUCGACAUGGGUGCCAGUCAUAUCAGCCAGAAAACCUCCCAGAACCGUUUGGAAUCCCACUGGAUCCAUCAGCCUCUGGGGGCGGACCUUCCGAAUAGGUUCCCCCGCCUCUGCAGAGGGGAAAAGUGCACUCCCAUGGGUGGUGAAGUCAGAGCAUGCCUGGCCCUUGUUCCAGAGUGAAGACUUCACCUGAAGAAAAGAGGAAGGCAUUCUGAGCCAGGUGGGAUUAAACAUCUCUAGAUUUAUGUGGGAGGGAAAGGGAAAUUUUUCAGUAGCUGAUUUUUUGGUGAAUUUUGAUACAGGGAACAAAUGAGAGGGACUCAAUGCGAUUUAUUUUAUUUUUGCACUGGACUACAUAUAAACGUCUUUGUUCUAAUUUUGACGAUGCCAACUUUGCUGAUACAUUUCUUCGAUCCACUUUUGAAAGUGAAGCAGUCCUGGAUUUGUAUGCAGACUGGAGCACAGCUAUCCAUUGGAUUAGACAUGUCUUUGAAUUUUGUGGCUCGGUUCUAGUACAAAAAUGUGCAUUUUACGGCAGACAUGCAUUUCUGAGCAUACAGAAUGUAUAUUUGGUUGGGUGGGAUGGAUGAGUACAAAAUGUGUACUUUAGGAGAAAGGGCAUACAAUUUAGAUGUGAAAUGUUGCUGCUUUUUGUUAUCUACAGAAAAUGGUACAGAAUGGAUCUCUUAAGUGCCCAUGAAGCUGCCAUGCACUGGAAAUAGGCAAAGCCACCAGUCCCAGAUAGAUAGGUUGAUAGGGAGCUUACAUACCAAGGGGUUCAAUCCAGCAAAACUGAGGGUUUAUCCACACUUCCUCUUGUCCUCCUGCUUUCACCUGGGAAAAACAACUCUUUAGCCUUCAAACAGAGCAAACAGCAAUUUGGGUUUUCUUUGGAUUGCCGUUUUGCCAGUUGCUCAGAUUUAAAGCAAAAGAGCAACUUUUCUCUGGAAAAGGAGCAGAAAAAGGGGGAAAGGGCUCAGACCUGUGCCUUCUAUGCAUGGGACAAGAAAAAGUCUUGGUGACUUCAUAGAAACGGCCAUCUGGAUCAUACCUAAGGCAUAUUUCGCUCACGAAGAUGCAGUAAUGGGCAGAGGAUAUAAAGCUUUUAGAGAGGAACCAGACACAAGUCUGUGGAGGUUGUAACCGUCAGUGCCUAAUACUCAUGAAUGCUGCCUCUGUGUUCAGAAAUCAACAGAUGAAGCUUCAGCAUGGAGAACACAAUUGCUCACUAAUGUCUGGAGACAAAGACUAAGUUACAGAACACAGGAGGAGGCGGCCAUAUAAGCUAGAGCCUGCCACUAAGCUGUGCCCUUGCAAUAACAUGGCAAAAGGGAAACCAUAAAAGGCAAAAAGAGGGGACAGAAAAAAUAGAGGUAAAGAACUUGUUUGGUAUGCAGAAGGUUGAAAGUUCAGUUUCUGACAUCUGGAGACAAAGACGGAAGAGGUAGCAGAUUCCCGUGGAAAAGUCUGAGCCCUUGCAGAUUUGCUGGCAGUCAGAGUAAGGCAAUACUGUGUCAGGUGAAGCAAUGGUGAGUCGUAUAAGACUGCUUCCUAUGUUACGCAGAAAAAAAUGGGGGAAGAUAGAUGGUGACUAUGCAGACAAAAGAUUGUAGUGGAGGAAAUAUUUAGGUCAGACUAGAUGUGUGCCUUUGUUUCAGGAAGAACUGGAAAACUGAGUGAGUGUUGGUCACUUUUGUUAUUCGCCAUGAGCCAAGCACCAUGGACAGAAAUGACUCCUGAAUGAACAGAUAACAAUUUAUUUGGUUCCCUUCAUGUUUUCCCUCUUCCCCUUGCUUGCCCUUCUGUUUUGAUUCCAUCAGCCAACAAAGUGGGGCAUGGCUAGGUUAGGCUAGGCAAUUGUAGUUUGAGGCAAUAGGGGUGUGCAAUGAAGGAGGAAAGAGGGAAGGAGAGCAGGGUGUGUAGGUGUAUGUGUGGGUGGGUGUGAGAGAGAUUGACACUGCAACUCCCCAGACCAGACCAGGCAUAGAAUUCUUUUCUUAAAAUAUCUGUCAAUGAUUAUGGGAGAGAGGCAUACGAAACCGCCAACAGCCCCUAUCACUGCUCAUUCAUCUGCAUGCAAAGUUAUAAAAGUAUUUCAAAAACUCACAAAUAUAUUUCUUCAGUUAUUGCUCUAUGGCAGGCAACCAGCAUCAAAAAGCGAAGGAGACCCAUUUGGAGAAAUCGUAUAGGUUAAUUAGUCACCAGCUUGUCAACCAGAGCUGGAGUUACUAGGCAGUAACAGAGGGCCACACCUAGAGACCCAUUCCCAACCUCUGGAUCCGUGCACCAGCAAACGUUGGUGUGCCAUCAGGCAGAACAAACCUACAGAGGGGGUGGGGUGCGGAAGGGAGGGAGGUGAUGGUAGCCAGUGGCGUCGCAUGGGGGUGGGGGGAUGGAGCACCCUGGGUGCCAUGUCUGGGGGGGUGACAAGAAGGCACCCGGUGGGGAGCUUGCCCCGCCACCCCCGAGUUUGGCGGUGCAAGCAGCCAUCGUGCUGCCACCGCAUGUGGAGGAUCUUCCAUUCACAACUGCAGAUGCGAGCAGAGGAUCCCGCCACCACCCAUGUGGCAUUCAAGCGGUGCCACUAGUGGGCGUUUCAGGAUUCUAGGUGGGAGGUAGGGGGUUCUAUGACACAAGCUGAAUCCUCCUUCCAUUGAGCACUAGUGGGCGGUAAGAAAAUUUUACCAUCAAGAAAGAUGCAUUAGUGGGUGGUAGGUAUAAAAAGGUUGACUACCCCUGGUCUACACUGAUGGGCAAAGGCUUUCCAGGCUCUUUUCCAGAACCACCAAGUGCCCCAAUUGUCCAGGGACAAUCCUGGAAUCAUGCAUCCUGGAAUCAUGGCUACUGAUUUGUUUCUUUUGUUUUUUAAAAUGCUUUUUUUUAGAUUUUUCCAUUGUUAGUCAUAUACAUAGUCAAAUUCUUAUUUUUAACAUAUACUAUACAUAUUUAUAAACCAGAUCUUUUUCAUAAUUCUUCCCCAGUGACUUCCCGCCACCUCAUUACAGCAUCUUCUAUCUUCUUUUUCUUUUCAAUUGUGUUGUUUAUCUUUAUUAUCUUUAUGUUACAAAAUAUAUAACUUAUCUAUCUAAAUUGUGACUUUGUGAAAUUUAUUCAACACAUAUCAAGGGUUUGAUUUGAGAACAAUGCUUUCCCAUAUAGCAAUAUACACAUUCCCAUUCUUUUUAAAAUUUUUGGUAGGGUUGAUACCUUAUUGCCGCUGUCAUUCUUGCCAAUUCCAAAUAUUCACACAGUUUAUUUUGCUAUUCCCCUAUUGUUGGUGUAGUCUCCCCUUUCCAUUUCUUUGCAAUUAACAUUCUUGCUGUGGCUGUAGCAUACAAGAACACCUUUUUCUUAUCCUUUGGGAUAUUGAUCCGCAUAAUGCCUAGGAGAAAGGCUUCAGGGUCCCCCCCCCCCCAUGUUUGUCUAAACAUUUUUUUUAAUUCGUCAUAAACAGUAUUCCAAAAUAUUUUGAUUUUAUCCCAACCCCACUACAUGUGGUACAUUGUUCCUUCCCCCUGAUUACACAUCCAGCAAACAUUUAAUUUUGAUUUAUAUAUUUUAGCCAAUUUUCUGGGGGUCAUGUACCACCUAUACAGCAUUUUCAUGAAAUUUUCCUUUAUUGUAUAGCAGGCUGUGAAUUUAAAGUCUUUUUGCCACAAUCUUUCCCAAUCCUCCAUCUGGAUAGGAUAUCCAAAAUCUUUUGCCCAUUUGAUCAUCACUUCUUUGAUCUCCCCAUCCUCUACCUCCCAAUCCAGCAAUAAUCUAUAUGUUUUUGAUAAUAUUUUCCUUUUGUUCUGUAAUAAUUCCUUUUCUAAUUUUGAUAUUUGUUUUUCCAAUCCAAUUUUCUUAUCUAAUGUAAACACAUCAUUUAAUUGAUGAUAUUGUAACCAAUCCGUACAAUAAUGUCUAAUUGCUUUAAUUUUUUUCAGUUUUAAUUGGCUUUGUUCUUCUUUUAGAAUUUCUCUUUAUGUUGCCUAAUUUGGUUUCAUAUUUUUUUCUCUUUACUGUAAAGGCCUCCGUUGGUGAAAGCCACCAAGGUGUCUUUAUAUAUACAAAGUCUUUAUAUCUGACCCAUACUGUGCACAGAGAUUUUUGAAUUACAUGCUUUAAAAUACCCCUAUGUACUUUUGCUUUAUCGUAACCUAGAUAUGCGUGCCAUCCAACAUGCCAUCCGUAUCUGUUGUCCCAUCCUUCUUUGUCCAAUAUAUCUGUAUUUUUCAAUGUCAUCCAUUCGUUUAGUCAACAUAAACAUGAGGCUUCAUAAUAGAGUUUCAGAUCUGGCAAGGCGAAGCCCCCUCUUUCCUUUAUAUCUGUUAAUGAUUUAUAUUUAAUUCAUGGUUUCUUGCCUUGCCUGGCUACUGAUUUGAUCCCACAUUGUCCCUAUUUCCCCUGCCAGUGCUGCCACCACUGAGCUCAGGAAGGAGAAUGAGCUGGUGCUUGUCUCGAGUGAUGGCGGGAGUGGUGAGGGAGCACCCCGUUGCCUCUCUGUGUCUGCCGCUGCAGGUGGGGAACAGGGUGGGGAAGGAGGUCCCAGGUUCAUUUUAAUUUGCAAACUGCCCUCAGAACUCAGAACAUAUAAAUUCUAAAUGCCUGUCAUAGUCUGCGCAGCCUGAAAACCUCUUCUGUCCAGGACAGCACAAUCUGCGGCAGGCCUCUGAGCACAUGUGCAUCUUUAAAGCACACCUGAACACAAACUUCAACUGAUGUGGAAUAAUGUGGAUGUCUCCUUUCCCCAGGUUCAUCAUCCCUAUUGUGCUCCUCAGUCUCCGAUCUGACCGUUCUCACAAUGCUUAUACUGCAGAUCUGCGCUGUGGUUUGUGCUUUUAUCAGCCUUCUUCUUCUCCUCACCGCCCUGGGCUCAGACUACUGGAUACAAACUGCCAAGGAGAACAGUGGUCUCUGGGCAUAUUGCAGGACUGAGUCUAAGUUCAAUACUUGUGUUCCAUUUUUUAUAAUAGGAGUACCAGGUAAGUUCUUCUCUGUCUUGUGCUAGGAGUACUUGAGGUGCGGUAUUCCAAAGCUGAUUGAACUGAUGUUCAUUUCUAAGGUUUGCAGCAAUGGGGGACCUAGUUGAUCCUUCCUCAACCCUGGGUGCCAGCACAAAAUGGCUGCUGUGGGUGGGCAGCAAAAAAAUUAAAUGGAGAUGGUAGUUCUUACCACUGAGGCUGGAUCUACACAGAUAUGAAAAAUGCUAUAAAAACACUAUAAGAAUAUAGCUCCCAAUGCUGUUUACCAUUGACAACGGAUCACUGCUCUACGGUGCCCUCUCGUGUCACAUUUUAAGAACAUAUUUUUAACGUUAUAAUUGACCAGUGUAGAUGAGUCCCCACUUUCCACAAAAAAACCCCUCUUGCCUCUGAUUUUUAAUAUAUGUUGUCAGGAAGCCAUUUUUUUUGUCUGCCAAGACGCCCCUACCUUAUAUACAACCUUGCAUGUUGCAAAGGAUCCUGGGAGUGCUUUGGAUUGCACUGUGAUGGCCUGGGAUUCGGACUCGGAUGCUGAACCUGAGGGGUCCCAGCCUGCACAGGAUUCCCCGCCUCCAGAACCAGCUGAGCCAGGGCUGGAGCAUGAGCCUGAAGGGUCCUCACCUGUGCUGGAUCCUCAGCUGCAGGCAUCAGCCGAGUCUGCUCUGGCUCCUGAGGUGAUGGAGGACCCAUUGCCUGCAGGUGCUCCACUCUCAGCGCUGUCAGAGGGAGCUGAGGUUGCCUCUAGGUCUGGUAACCCUCCAGCCUCUCCUGAACUGCAGAUAAAAGCCAGCCAGCCCCAGUCCCAAGUUGCGGGAGCAACAUUGUUGGUUGCUAGUUCCUGCCUGAAUCCUGUCCUGCUUUCCUGCCUGAGCUCCUGACCCACCCUGGUUCCCUGCUUGUAUGCCUGUUCCUGACUUCACUUGACUCACUGCCCUACUCCCAGCUUCAGAUACUACAGACUGCCUCCACGUUGCACCUUUGAGCACGGACCGGACUUGGACCAUGCCUCUCGGGUAACCCACGGGACCAGCACAUGCACACUCCAUUUGCACUGUGCUCUUGGCAGGUUUACUGUGCCCCGAUGUCACUCGGUGUGAGUUGGGUGUGUCUUUCUUCAGUUCUGUGAAGCUGUACAUUGCAGGAGAAGAUGGGUGGCUUUGGGCAAGUUGCACAGAAGAGAUGCUUCUUCGCCACAACCAGUCUUCAAGUUGGCAAACCUAUGAUAAGCUUCAAAGGAUACUUAGAAGAAUACAGACUAAACCAGUUGCCUCUCCUGAUGGCGUCUCUCAGCAGCUUAAUAGAGAUAUAAACCAGCAUGGGGGAAAGAAUGAACCCCUGUGGAGUGCAGUGGGUUAUGCAACAAUCCUGUAACCAUGGUGCUGAAUAAUAGGAGGCCAGCCCAUUAUGGGAAAUAGAGUAUUGGCCCAUCAACGUCCGUCUGCUUUCAGCCAACACGCACCUACCACGGGUUGGCUGUGUCUGACAUUCCCUCUUGCUCCACUUACUUUUGGUCUUCCUGCCAUCUGCCCUACCAGUACUCAUAUGCUUCAGCCACCACUGGUGACAGCCCCACUUUCAGGACUGACCAAGCAGGUAGGAGUAGAAGCACCACCAGGAAAUCAUGCCCUCAAUGUAUUUAAUUACUUUUGUUGUUGUUGGAGAUUCCUUUAAAUGUGAAUAUUUAUUUGGACUUUUCUAUUAAAAAAUACAGAUUAAUUCUGAAACAGGACAGAGAGCAUGCAAAACUGAUAUGUGUCAGAUAAAAACUGAUCUGUCCAUCCCUGGUGGAAAGUAUUACAUGGGGCCUGUGGACGUGGGAUUUGGCUGGCACCUUUCUCGCCUCCCCUAGUCGCGGGGAAACCCGGUUUCGGGGAUCCGGAGCGACGUGGGGUGAAUGGGGCAGUGCUUCAAAUCGACUGCUCUUUUCACGGAGUGAAGCCGCAUUGCUGUUGCCGGACAGCGCUGACUUUUUCCUGUGGACAAUUGGAUUUUAAACAACUGCCCAUGAGUAGAACAGAAAAUUGGACUAUGAAAUUUCUUAAUUUGGCACCAAAGCGGGAAGGUCUAAACAGGAAGUCCGCCUUCGCUUUUGUAAAUAAAUUGAAGCAAAGACACAGCAAACUAGAGUCUGGAAAGUCGCUUGUAAAGGAUUAAAUUUUCAUCAUUUAAAAUUACUGAACCCCCCUUGGAAGCAGGAGAAGAGGGGGGAAUCUUUUUUAGACUGUCUAAACCUGCAGAAGAGAGUAAAGAAAGGUAAAUUUCCACCGUCUUGAACCUGGGAGCGGGGUGUCAGGACAGACGUUUUGGGGAAGUUCAUUGACUGUGGACAGACGUUUUUGACAGAUAGUCAAAAGAAGAGAAACAUAUUGAUUCCAUUGUUCCCUUUUGCAUUUAAAAGGAACAUAAUAUCUGAAAAAGGAAAGGAACUUUGUUGCUAGAUCUGCUUUAAAAAAAGAAAAAAGACGGAUACAAAUAGAAAUUGUUUCCCCUAGAGGGAGCUUGUGGAACUGUUAUUAGAGUCGAACUGGGGAGCUUUGCAGCUGUAGAGAUUAAAGAUCGUGGGACCAGACUUCGACCUUGAACAAGAAUGUGCUUAGAGGAGGCUUUGGUGCUUGCUCUUUGCAAGACAAGUACUGUAUUGGAACAGUUACAUGAGAAGAUGGAUUUGAUGACUGUUGCGAUCGGAAAUUUUGGACAGGCAGUGGGUACCUAUAUAGAACCCACUCAGGAAUUAAUCCAGGAAUGUGCUUUGACAGAUCAGAUAAAGGAGGAGGUUGUUGCUGAACCUCAAGUAGCAGAAAUGGAGAGAGCUGCGGCCCAGCAGGAACAUGAGUUGUUGGAUUUGACGAAUGAACCUGGAAAAAGUCAGAUUUGGAGAGAUGGAGUUCUGUUUGGCUUGGAGAUGGGGGGCUGGAUGGAUCCCCCUAUGCAGGGAUGUUUUGACCUUUCGAGUCUGGCCUUGGGCCGGGGGGAGUUGUGAGUUGUGGGGGCCCUUAACUUUGGAGGGACUUUGAGACAUGCCUUUAAAUAUUACAUGGAUUUCAGUGUUGACUAUGGAAAAUGGGCUGACUUGUCGAGAAGGGACAAAGAUAUCAUCAAGUUGGAGUCUCCCCGAGUGAAAGGAAGGAAAUUAAGAAUACGAUCAGCAGAAGACAAAGUAAAGUACAGGCAUAAACAUGAAGAAGACCUGCGGAAGUGACAUGGAAAAGACUUAAGAGCCUCAGAUAGAAGGUCACCAGGUUGAUGGACUAGAUGGAUGGGAUAGAAAGGACUGACAAAACCCGAGACCAGGAAGAAGAGACGAUGGAUGAAGAUUGGAAGAAAGUUUUAAAAAUUUAUUUAGAAAAUUAUCGUAAAAUUAAUGAGUAUUAGAAAAAUGUUGGAAUGAAAUUAUUUGGCUUUAGCAGAAAUGUUAAAAGAAUUAUGUAAGAAUAUGUUAUGGUUAAAAGAAUUAGGUAUAAAUAAGAUUUAAGUUUUAAGCUUUAGGGUUUCUUAUGGUAAGAUAAGGUUAAAAUAGAUUAAGGUAAUUUAAUGAUAGAAUAUUGUGAAAGAUGGAAAGGAUGUGCUGAGAUAAUUAACAACUAGAAUACAAAAAAGGGAGGUGUGAGGAGGUCGAUGAAAUAAGUUAAUGAAAGUUAAGGAUUUGGGAAUAUUGGAUUUGUUUUUCAAUUUUUUGUUUACUUUUGCUUUUUUUAAAAAAAUGAUAUUUAUUAAGGUUUCAAUAAAAGAUUAAACAGAAAAACAUAAAAGAGAAAUACACAAUUCAAAAAUGCACAAUACAUAAUCCAAAAAAGAAAAAAGAACAAAAGACAAAAGACAAAAAAGAAAAAGAACAGUUAAAAGCAAUAUCACCUUUUCAUUUCCAUCUUUAAAUUUACUUAUUUUCUGGACCUCCUCAUACCUCCCUCUUUUGUAUUCCAGUUCAAAUUGUUUGUCCAGCAAUUUCUUUCCCUCUUUUUUAAUCCCAAUCUUUAAUCUUAAUAUAAUAUAACAUUAAAAUUUUUCCUCUUAAAAACCAAAUUUCCAUUUCCUUAAACUUCUUUAAUCCUAAUCCUUAGUCUUAGUCUAUCUAUAACUUUGAAUCCUGUACAGCUGGAAACCACUUAUUUUCAAUCCAACAUCACUCUAACAUUCUUUAAUUUUGCAGUGUUUUUGUAAAUAAUCUUUGAAUUUCUUCCAAUCUUCCUCCACCAACUCUUCUCCCUGGUCACGGAUUCUACCAGUCAUUUCCGCCAGUUCCAUAUAGUCCAUCAGUUUCAUCUGCCAUUCCUCCAGUGUGGGAAGUUCUUGUGUCUUCCAGUACUUUGCAAUGAGUAUUCUUGCUGCUGUUGUUGCAUACAUAAAGAAAGUUCUAUCCUUUUUAUCACCAUUUGGCCGACUAUGCCCAGGAGAAAGGCCUCUGGUUUCUUGGGGAAGGUAUAUUUGAAUACCUUUUUAAUUCAUUAUAUAUCAUUUCCCAGAAAGCCUUAAUCUUUGGGCACGUCCACCAAAGGUGAAAAAUGUACCUUCCGUUUCUUUACAUUUCCAACAUUUAUUAUCGGGCAAAUGAUAGAUUUUUGCAAGCUUGACUGGGGUUAUGUACCACCUGUAUAUCAUUUUCAUAAUAUUCUCUCUUAAGGCAUUACAUGCCGUAAAUUUCAUACCUGUGGUCCAUAACUGUUCCCAGUCAGCGAACAUAAUGUUAUGUCCAACGUCUUGUGCCCAUUUAAUCAUAGCCGAUUUUACCGUUUCAUCCUGAGUGUUCCAUUUCAGCAGCAAGUUAUACAUUCUUGACAAAUUCUUAGUUUUGGGUUCUAACAGUUCAGUUUCUAAUUUUGAUUUUUCCACCUGGAAGCCAAUUUUCUUGUCCAAUUUAAAUGCCUCCAUUAUCUGAAAAUAAUGAAGCCAGUCUCGCACUUUGUUUUUUAGUUUUUCAAAGCUCUGCAAUUUCAGUCUAUCUCCAUCUUGUUCCAAAAUUUCCCAAUAUUUCAGCCAUUUGACCUCCAUAUUGAGCUUUUUCAAGGCUUUCGCUUCCAUUGGUGACAGCCACCUUGGGGUUUUGUUUUCUAAUAAAUCCUUAUAUCUUAUCCAAACAUUAAACAGCGCUUUCCUGACAAUGUGGUUUUUAAAUGCUUUAUGUGCUUUGACCUUAUCAUACCAUAGAUAUGCAUGCCAUCCAAAUACAUUGUUAAAACCUUCUAGGUCCAAAAUGUCAGUGUUUUCAAGAAGUAGCCAUUCUUUCAACCAGCAAAAAGCUGCUGAUUCAUAGUAAAGUUUGAGGUCUGGCAGGGCAAAUCCACCUCUUUCCUUUGCAUCCGUUAGUAUUUUAAAUUUUAUUCUGGGCUUCUUGCCCUGCCAGACAAAUCUAGAAAUAUCUUUCUGCCACCUCUUGAAACAAUCCAUUCUGUCCACAAUUUGCAAAGUUUGAAACAAAAACAACAUUCUAGGCAAUACAUUCAUUUUUAUCGCAGCAAUACAGCCCAGCAGUGAAAGCUUCAAAUUUGACCAAAUUUCUAAAUCUUUUUUCACUUCAGCCCAACAUUUUUCAUAGUUGUCUUUGAAUAAAUUCCCAUUUUUGCUGUCAUGUUAAUCCCCAGGUAUUUAACUUUCUUAACCACUGUUAAACCUGUCUCAUUCUGAACCCUCUCUUUCAAUCGGUGUUAAAUUUUUCUCUAAAACCUUAGUUUUUGACUUGUUCAAUUUAAAUCCUGCCACUUGACCAAAUUCUUGAAUCAGUUCUAAAACCCUUUUGGUACUAGAUUCUGGCUCCUGUAACGUCAGUACUAAGUCAUCUGCAAAUGCUCUCAGUUUGUACUGUUUGGUUCCGACCUGUAUACCUUUAACCAGCCGGUCCCUUCUAAUCAUAUUCAGCAAAACCUCCAGGACCGAAAUAAAAAGAAGUGGGGAAAUUGGGCAACCUUUUCGUGUCCCUUUUUCAAUUUUAAGUUCUUCCGUCACAACAUUAUUUACAAUUAAUUUAGCCUUUUGUUCUGAAUAAAUUGCACUUAUACCAUUCUGCUGAUUUUGAUUUUGAUGUAUUGUGUGUUUUCUUUUCUUUUUUUGACUUUGGUUUUUAUUGAUUUGUAUUGUUUAAUUGUUAUUUUUGUCUACCUUUCUCUUUCUCUUUCUCUUGUUUUUUCCUUCUUUUUUCUUUGUAAUUUUAAACUCCCAAUAAAUAUCAUUAAAAAGAAAAAGAAAAAGGGAAAGUAUUACAUGGGAUGUCUGCAGGGCUAUUGUCAAAUCCCACAAAUGCAUUUAACCUUGUUUCUUUCUCUUCCUUCCUUCCUGAAAGCUUACAUCGAUGCUACCCGAACCUUCAUGUUCUUCGCGGUGAUCGCUGGAGUCAUCUCUUGCAUUUGCCUUUGUGGCAACUUCUUUUCCUUCCAACUUCGCUCCAUCUCCAAGACCAAGAGCUCAGCUAUAGCCAGCCUCGUUGCAGGUAUCAUGGGGGUUCUGAACAUCUGCGUCCACACUAAGCCCAAGCCCCUGAAACCCCAGAAAUCAGCUAACCCAGAAAUAGUACCCCGGGGUAAGAACUUUGCUUCAGGAUGAGAACAGAAAUCACGCAGCAGUGGCGCAGCGGCAGCGGGAGGCCCCAUUAGCUAAAGUGGUGCUUCAGGUUAAGAACAGUUUCAGGUUAAGAAUGGACCUCCAGAACUCAUUAAGUUCUUAACCCGAGGUACCACUGUAUAGGGAGGGUGGGCGGGUGGUCCGGUGGACGAAACGAAACAGAAGAAUCUCAAAACGCAAUGUGCAGCGGUAUAUAUCUAUCCCUUGGAAGUAAUUUCUGCAACCCCAUUGGCCGGAACAGGUCCCAUGCUUCCGAGGGAGCAGUUGGGUAGCUGUGGCAAUCCAAACAUAGCCAGCCCAGAAACAGAGUCAGUUGUGGUGACUUCACUGCAACACAUGCUCUCUGGGAGGAGAACGCGAUUUCACAAAACUCUAUUGGCAGAACUAAGUUAUACUUAGAAUAGACCCACUGAAAUCAAUGGAUAUGGUGCAUAGCAAUGCCCUCCCCACUCCCCACCUCCAGUUUCAGAGUUACAAAAGAUAGGGAGGGGGAUGCAAGGGUUUUCAUAGCCCUGCCAGGGCAGCUGCUUUUCACUUGCUAUGUUGGAGUUAGAAAGCAGCCGUGUGGGUUUGCUUCAAAAGCCACACUGUGGGAAGCAGUGGCUUCCAUUGAAUGAAAACCACACACCCCUUCUUGAGUAUGGCAUGCUUCUAAAACCUUCCCUCUUUCAUCUCAUGCUGCCACAGCUAAGUGAGCUGAGGAAUUUGCCUGGCAGGAAUAACAACACUGGGAGAUGGCCAGUUGCACUGCUGGUAGAUCUGUGCCUCUGGAUCCUGGGAGUAUGAGCCACUCAGGUGGUUGGCAGAGGAGCCAGCAGAGCAGGGCAGUGGCGGCCACCUGUUCCAGCUGUCCCUCUACAUUUCACCUAGACCACCCAUCUACCACCUCUCAUCACACUCUAUAUUAGAUCGCCACCUGUCUCUGUUCAAGUGAACUGCAGAGUGAUGGCACAUUUACCUUUUUAUUAUAUGUUACACAUACUGUAAAAGGAUAGCCAAACAACUGCAUAUGAAAACAAUGUGAAAAAUAACAAGCACAAAUAUGAAAAAACUAUUUAGAACAGCAUCCCAUAAUGCACAAUCAAUUCAAAUCCAGGACGGAUACCAGCUGGGAUAAGGAUUUUAGCAUGUUUGUUGAAAGCGGGAAAGUUUUGGCUCCCAAACGCCACAAACCCCGAAGUGUGUCUUCCAGUUUGCAAACGUUCUUUGGAAGCCGAAAGUCUGGCGCGGCUCCUGCAGCUUCCGAUUGAGUGCAGGAAGCACUUGCAGCCAAUCAGAAGCCGUGAUUCGGUUGUCGAAAGUUUUCGGAAGUUGAACGUACUUCCGGAACAGAUUCCCUUUGACAACCAAGGUACGACUGUAUAGGGCUUUGUACACUAAUGUUGAACCUUGCACGGCGGUGGAUUGGCAGCCAGUGCAUUUCUUUCAGCUGCAGUAUAUUCCACCUCAGUGAGUAGUUGAUCCUCUCCAUUUUGCACUAACUGCAGCUUCCAGCUCAGCAAGUAACAAGUAACUUGAUAUCCUGAUGUAUUUUUUCUUCCUAGCUCUUUGUGUCAUGAUUGGCAUGGCCAUCUUCACAGGGCAGACAGGAGGAAUUGCCCCUUAUGGAUGGUCUUUUGGCUUGGGCUGGGCAACCUUUCCUCUCUUCCUCAUAACUGGUGAGUAUUUGUCGAAUGCUGGAAAUGUACAUCUUUAUUUAAAGGUUUACCUUUGUGUAGAGUAGUCUGCUGCAUUAUUUAGCUCAGAACAGUUUGGGGCUGCUCUACAGUGUGUCCAUUUGAACACAGAUGAAUGCAGGUGUGUGUUCCCUGUAGAAGAUUCAAAAUGCACCAUGUAGUUCUGUGGAAAAGAAUAUAUUUUUGCCCUCUAGAACGACAAGUUUGUGACCUCACUGAUGAGGAAGCAAGGUCAGCAGUCCAGAUAUCUUGGAUGGUGUUUUAUUCUGCUCCCCCUGUUGCCCUAACCAGCCCCUUUUCUCUCCUGACAGGUGGGCUGGCUUUCGCCUUGGAUAGGACUGUGUCAACAGCAGCAUGA